AAACAUUAAAAUCAAGAGCAGACCAAAAGACGAUUUGGCUAUUAAAACAAGCGCACAAUGUUCACGAUAAAUAUAUACAAUAAAUCGAAACGUAUAGAAGACAAACAAAGUUCUGAAUAUAAGAAUAUGAGAGAAAAUUGAAGCGGGAAUUCAGCAGCGACGGCUUUUGCGUUAUAAGAUCACAGAUCACUAUUUCAUUCGUUAACUUGACCAGCUCAAGCAAACGUUUACAACGAAUUCUUCCGACCAAAAAAUUAUUCAUAUUUUCUUUUUUCGUUUUUUUUUUAUUUAUUUUUAACACUUUUUUUUGUUAUUUGUUCUACUUUACUUUGUUUGCAUUUUUCAUAUCGAAAGCAAUCAGAAUCGGUCUACCAUAAGAGUGAAACGAUUUAAUAAAAACAUCAACGAAAUAAAAAACAAUUUUUUCUAAAACGAAAGUCGUAAAGUUUUUAAGUCUCAAUUCAAGUCCACAUAGGAUCGUGGAUGAUUAGGAAAGAAAUCCUCAAUUCAGUUGAAAUAUAAUUUUUGUUUUAUUGUAGUGUUUCUUCAGUUGAAAUUUGUUUUGUUAUUCAGUGUCAUCAAAGUCUAUCCAAUGAUAUCGAAUAAACAAACGCACAAAUUGGCAAAUCGACAGUAAAUGCAAAGAGGAAUCGCACGCCAACCAAAGAUUUAAACAAUAUUUAAAUCGCAAAAACGUUGUAUAAAGAGAUCACAUUGUUCAUCGAUUGUGAGGAGAAUUAAAUUGAUUUGGAAAAUGGCAACUGUUUCACACCAACCGAACUCACAAUAUUAUCAACCUCAUAACCCACAACAGAACGAUGUACUUGGACCACGAAAAACGGUAAUAAUACUAGCAACUGUUGUUUGUUGCAUUGCAGUAUUAUGGACACAAAUGUUCUAUCCAAUGAUGUUUGGCAAUUCGAAUGUGCCCAUCAAAAACAAUUACAAAGAUAUAAAAGCCGGAUGUUGUGGAGUUGUGCUAGAUCAUGAAAAGUAUGCAAAUGUCACUCAACCAGCUGGUCAAUCUGGAUAUCGACAAAAAAAUUGGAAAUUAAAUUUGAUGACAGACGAAAUAAGCUUACGUCAGGAGCGGCCGCCCCAUCUGAGAGGUGAUCACAUUCAUCCAGCAAUGAUAGAACGUGGUCGUGCCAUACCAAACACGCAAACAGUUCCUAUUGUAAAUGGACGGCCACUUCGUGCAACUGAUAACAUUCAAUACAUCGAUGGUCGCCCAGGGCCAGUGCCAGGAUUACGACCUCCAAUGGGCGCAGGAUCAGUGCAUCAAGCAAAUCAAAAAGGAAACAGCAUGGGUCUAUUGAUGCCAAUGUACACCUUUGGAAUUGUUGCAUUUGCCGUUUACACCAUAAUGAAGUUAGUGAUGAGAAAAUCGGAAAAUUUGAAUCCAUAUCCAGCACCAAAGAAUGAUGAAACGUUCAGAAACGAAGUUUUCCGUCGCGAUAAUAACAAAAUACCAAAUUUAGAUUGGAAACAACACGAUACAAGCUCGCAUGAAAAUGGUGUUCUUAACAAUUUAUUGAGUCAUUUGAGUGGAAAUAAUCAACAAUCGGAACCGAGUCGAACUUACUACGAUGAAGCAUCAACAACGGCUAAACUUGAAUAUCAAUUACGCGAAACCGAACAAUUACUGGAAAUUAGUUUGUUAAAACGGAAAUUACGUGAGACUGAACGUGCCAUGGAACAAAUUAUAGCCGAUAUUCAUGGAAAAGCAGCCAAAUGCGAUAGCGACGAAAACAUAACAACUAGUAAAAAUGAUGCAACAAUGGAUGUGACAACGACACAGGACGCAACGGAUGAAACCAAAGACAAACAUGUUGAUUCGGAAAAAUCAAAUGGCCAAUUGACUAAUUCGGAAAAUAAUACAAAUGGUAAUAACUCAACUGAAACCACAGCAAAACGGUGCCGCGAUUCAAGUGCCGAAAGAAAACUCAAGGUACUAGGUUUAGAAAUGACCGCUAGUUGUGAGAAUGGUAAAAAAUGGACUCGGCCACCAACACCAAAUUUAAUUUCAUCCCACAGCCAUCAUAGUUCCAGUGAAUCUGAACCAGAGCCUGAACCACAAUCUAUCUACUUAGAGGGUGCUCUGCCACACGAAUCACAAAUUCUUGUCUCCGAUUCGAAAACAACUCCCGAAGGGGUUUACAAUGAAGAUGUCAAUGGAAAUUCAGAUGAACCAGCAGUUAUCUUGAGCAGCAAAAUGACUUUAUCACUUAUAAACCUUGAUCCCGUAAACAAUGAAAAUGGUGGAAAUGCAUCAAAUGGCGCUAGCGAUCAUGAAAUUGAAGAUAUUGAAUAUGAAGAGGAAGAGGACGACGAUGAGAUUGAGGAGGAAGAAGAGGAAGAAGACGAUGAAAGCAGUGAUGAUGAACGAGAAAUCGAAAAUAUUCACGGUGUGACCAAAUAAAUGCAACAUCAACAUUGACAUGCGCUCACCAUAUAAUAUGAUUUCUUCUCGUAGUUCACAACGGGUAGAAUUGAGUCUCAUUCAUUCAUUUUUUCGUGAAUCGAAAUAUCGAUCUUGAGCACUGUGAAUUGUAGCAAUUUUGACUGAAUAUUAUUCAUCAAACCACGUAUGAAUUUAUAUAUCUAGAGUAUAUAUAUAUUAGAGUAAUCCAUUUUACUCAAAUGAUUACAAACAAAAAACAACAACACACCAUUUGAAAAUAGAAUUUUUUUAAUGUUGCCCAAUUUAACUCACGUGAUUAUAUAUACAAAUGAACAUCCAUUUGCUUCUAAUGCAAUCAUUUGUUUUCCGUUUUAUUGUAGUUUUUUUUUUAAUUAUUCUUUUGAAUUCGAACAAACUGAUUUGCUUUGGUAGAUGCAGAUUGUUGUGAACACGGACAGGUGCGUAGUAAAUUUAUUUGAUCAAUGUUAAAUAAAAUGAUAGUUUUACUGUCGCUUAUAUUUCAUCGAGCUUUUGGACAUUUUGUCUACAAAUAAAACAGGAACGGUAAUAUAACCAAGUAUCAAAGUAAGCUACGUACCAGUGCGCGUGUGUCUUUGUUUGAUUUUAUUGAUAAUUUUUUUGUUUUAUUUAUGUCUGUCGAUAAAUUGUUUUAAAGUUGCGCGAUGAUAUGUUUCGAAAAUGCUGGACAAUUGAAUAUAGCGUAGAUUUUUAAAUAGCACGUUUGAUGGGUUAUUCGAAUUAUUUUUUAUUUAUUUAUUUAUUUAUUCUUAAAGUAAAAUAUUUCCUUGAAUAAUGUGUCCCAUUUGAAAUGUAUGACUGAUUUAAGUUCUUCUUUGAAGCACGGUUUAAAUCUCUAGUCAAUGUUAAUUAUAUUACGGAGGUUAUAUAUUUCAAAUGCCAUAAUCAUCAAAUAGUAAUGAAAACGAGAAAUAACUUAGUUGAUAAUGGCAGCAGCAAUUUUAUAAAAAAAAAAGAUUUAAAAAAAUGUAAAAAAAAUUAUGAACAAAAUAUGUAUUUAAGAACUUUAAAACAGGUUUCGAACGUAGUUUUGAACUGAAUAUUGAAUUAAAAGAAAUGAAAUGAA